GGCUUCAAAUAUGACCGCCUUGGUGCCGUAACGUACAGUCACCAGGGGGCAUGCACAUAGUAAUAAUAAUAAUCAUGCAUUUCAGGAAAGUCUGCUACGACGAGCCUCCAUCGUUUCCACCACACGGCCGUGGUGUGAUGGAGAUGUGCGUUUAGUUUCAUGUGUCCGGCGGGUCUGCCCCUGGCUUUUUUUUUUCCUGGGGAAGAUCAUAUUGGAUCAUAUUGUUUGCAGGACGUUGUUCCUCCUGCAGCCCCCCCAGUCUAUCCCGACGUAGUUGUGAAUUGAACAUGGCGACUGUACCAGUAUAUUGCAUCUGCAGAUUACCUUACGACGUGACCCAGUUUAUGAUCGAGUGCGAUGCUUGCAAGGACUGGUUCCACGGCAGCUGUGUGGAGGUGGACGAAGAUGACGCUCCAGAUAUCGACAUCUAUCACUGUCCCAACUGUGAGAAGACUCACGGCAAAUCCACCAUGAAAAAUAAAAAAAAGAACUGGAGCAAACAUGACACGGGGCAGAGCACGGACAUCAAAGCGGUUCAGAACGGCAGUCAGGUUUUCAUAAAGGAGCUUCGCAGUCGGACGUUCCCGAGUGCCGACGAUGUAGUGGUGAAGCUCAGCGGCAGUCAGCUGACCAUGGAUUACCUGGAGGAAAACGGCUUCAAUGAGCCGAUCCUGGCUCAGAAGAAAGACGGCCUGGGCAUGUCCAUGCCCGCCCCCACCUUCUACAUCAGUGAUGUGGAGAACUACGUCGGUCCCGAUGUGGGAGUGGACGUCGUCGAUGUCACCAAACAGAGCGACAGCAAGAUGAAACUCAAAGAGUUUGUGGAUUUUUACUACAGCACCAACAGAAAGAAAGUCUUAAACGUCAUCAACCUGGAGUUCUCUGACACGAGGAUGAACAGUAUCGUGGAGAGUCCGCAGAUCGUGCGGCGGUUGUCGUGGGUAGAAAACUACUGGCCUGACGACGCUCUGCUCGGGAAGCCGAAGGUCACCAAAUACUGUCUCAUCUGCGUCAAAGACAGCUACACAGACUUCCACAUCGAGUGCGGCGGCGCCUCCGUCUGGUACCACGUCUUAAAGGGAGAAAAGAUCUUCUUCCUGAUCAAGCCAACCUCCGCCAACCUGUCUCUGUACGAGCGCUGGAGAUCAUCGUCCAAUAACAGCGAGAUGUUCUUCGCCGACCAGGUGGACAAGUGUUACAAAUGCAUCCUGAAGCAGGGCCAGACGCUGUUCAUCCCGUCAGGUUGGAUCAACGCCAUCCUGACUCCCGUGGACUGCCUGGCGUUCUCCGGUCACUUCGUCCACAACCUGAGUGUGGAGAUGCAGAUGAGAGCGUACGAAAUCGAGAAGCGGCUAAAGGUCAAAACUCUCACCCCCUUCCCGAACUUCGAGACGGCAUGCUGGUAUGUGGGGCGACAUCUGCUGGAGCGUUUCAAAGGUUUACAUAAAGCAAAUAAGCAACCAGCCCCAUAUCUGGUACACGGUGCCAAAAUCAUCAAUGGAGCCUUCAGAGCUUGGACUAAGAAACAGGCCCUAUUGGAACAUGAAGAUGAGCUUCCAGAGAACAUGAAACCAUCACAGCUGAUUAAGGAUCUUGCCAAAGAGAUCAGACUGUCAGAGAAUGCAACAAAAGCCAUUAAGAGUGAGCCCAGCAUCAAGGUGCCAGUGGAGGAGCCCCCGUCGACCCACUCGGAGCCCGAAGAGCCCGUCUCCCCGGCCCACGUCCCCUCGCCAAGCAGAGAGAAAGCCCGGAAGAAAGCCUCCAAACCCCCGAAACCCCCGAAACCUCCCAAACCCCCGAAGAUGCCCAAAGCCCCCAAACCUCCAAAGGUACCUAAGGUGAAGGAAGGAGGAAAGAAGAAGGCGAAGAAGGCCAAGGAGUCGUCGCCGCCUCCUAAACCCUCCAGCUUUGCAGCUCUCGAGUCCCACGCAAAAGACAUCCUGAGUAAGAUGGACCAGCCAAAAAAGACAAAGGCUGUUAAAAAUGUCCUGAGUAUGUCAGAGAAGGAAAUAUCCAAGCAGAACAAUGUGGACAAGUUUGAAAUCAGAGAGCAGAAUAAAAACAAGACAGAAGCAAAGUGGAAAUAUAAGAACAGUAAACCCGACUCUCUGCUGAAAAUGGAGGAAGAAUGCAAGUUUGAUAGAACGCCGCUGUCGGGCAAUAAGGACAGAUUCAGCUUCACGAUGUCUCACAAGAAAAUGCUGGGCUCCAAGGCGCUGAAACCACAGACCAACUCGAGUGUUUUUGGAUCAUUACAAAACCUGAAAGAGGACAAAAGCAAGCCAGUGAGGGACGAGUAUGAGUACGUCUCGGACGAGGGGGAGCUGAAGAUCGACGAGUUCCCCAUCAGGCGGAAAAAGAACACGGUCAAGAGAGAUCAGUCCUUUUUGUCCGACAUCAGAGAACCAAUUCAACCAGCCAAGAAACCAAAGUUCCAACCCAUGACGACCAAGACUGUCGAGUCCUCGGACGAAGAGACUCUGCACAUAGACACGGAGGCCAAGCCGGAGGUCAAAGGUCGCAACUCCAAGGUGAAGAAAAAGGGCGGCAGCGCCGCUGGGAUUCUCGACCUGCUGCAGGCGAGCAAGCAAGUGGGUGGGAUCGACUACAGCGCCAACAGUCAGCCACCUGCAUCUCCCAGCACACAGGAGGCCAUUCAGGGCAUGCUGUCCAUGGCCAACCUGUCGUCUUCAGACAGCUUGCAGCAGCCGUGGAGCAACAGCCAGUCCAAAAGCAAUAGCCAGUCGAAGAGCAACUCGCACGGCGCGCAAGGCGGCAAGAAGUCGGGCGGAGGAGGCGGCGGCGGCGGCGGCGGCGGCGGCAGCAACGGCAAGCGGCCCACCAAACGGCUCCCGAAGAAACCCAGGAAGAGCAGCAGCAUCGAGAGUCUGGACUACGAUGACGAGCACGAUCACAUGGACGCAUGCUUCAAGGACUCUGAUUAUGUUUACCCCUCGUUGGAGUCCGAAGAGGAUAAUCCUGUGUUCAAAUCCAGAUCGAAAAAGCGGAAAAGCAGUGACGACACUCCGUACAGCCCGACAGCCCGGGUAGGACCCUCGGUUCCUCGACAGGAGCGACCUGCGAGAGACGGAGCCAGAGUGGCGUCCAUAGAGACGGGGCUGGCAGCGGCUGCAGCAAAGCUGUCCCAUCAGGAGGAGCAGCAGAAAACCAAGAAGAAGAAGAAAAGUACCAAAAAGAAGGCAAUAGUAAUGGAGGAGCCCCAGAGAAUCUCUCAGGACAGCAGCUCGCCGGAUCACAAUCUGGACUCCCACGACAGCAGCCCGAUCGACCACGAGUUCAACACUGGCGCGGUGAAGUCGCCGGGAGGCCCGCAGCCCAUGGCGCCGGGCGUGUUCCUCAGCCACAGGCGACCGUCCAUGUCUUCUCCCAACAACAGCAACAACUCCUCGAGCACCAACAGCAGCAGCAUGCCCAAGGCAGACCGAGGGGGGUCAGCGGAGGCCAAAGCUAAACGGCUAAAGAAAGGCAUGGCAACAGCCAAACAGAGACUUGGAAAGAUUUUAAAGAUCCAUCGAAAUGGAAAGCUCCUCCUGUAGCACGCAGCAGAGACUGCUGUAGGGACUGGGAAUUCACGAGCUGGGUCCAAUCCCAAACUCAGCCCGUGUUCACUGAAUAAAGCCAACAAUGAGGAGAGGAGAAAACGAAACAGAAAAUCAUGCAUUUUUUCAAUUUCUAAGAAGAACAUCACUCAAAUAGGUUUUUGCCUCUACUUAUACUUUAUAACUUUCAGAUAUUGAAGUGUACAGAACCUACUAUAAAUAUUUUUUAAGAGAACAUGUCUCAUUUUACUACAGCUGUCAGUUUAUCAGGGGUUGCUAAAACAUGAAGUAGAAGUACAUUUGCAGUCAUUCCAAGAUUUUUCGAAAGUAUCCCUUGCAUGUAUUCAGUUGCAUGUGCGCUUGGAUCAGGGGGUCGGGGGGGUUGUGGGGGGGGGGGGGGGGGGGGGAUUUUACACAUUAAGUCCUACAUAAUGGAUGCAGCUUAUCAUUGCCACACUGAGGAUGCACGGGUUGAAACGGAGGAAAAGGAAACCGCCUCCGUUUCUUCGGUUUUGAAUUUGUGUCGAGUCAAGCAUUUAUCUCCAUUACGUCAACACUUAUGUUGCAGAGCACUAUCAGCGCUGGUAUUUAUUUAUUCCUGUUGUUAUAUAUAUCUAUAUCUAUAGGAAGUGAGACUUCACACCACAAAUUGUAAAGCACAAGUCGUAUCAAAAGCGGCAGCAGGGUCAUGACGAGUCCCGCGGUUUUGAAAGAUUUGGCUCCCGCGGGACUGAGUGGAUGACGCCUGCUGAACAGGAUUGUGGGUAUUUGGAAACAUGAACAUCAUAGGAACCUGUAGCUAAUGAUAAGCCUCAUCCAUGUCAGGUCUGCAGUUACAUGGGGAUACUUUCUCUCUUCUUUUGCUUUCACAGGCAGCACCCGACACCUUCCCACUCCCCUCUCUCUGCAUUUUCUGUGGCUUCACUCAGUACAGUAUGUAGAAUGUAGCUUGUACAUAGCCUUUUCAAUUACCACUUUUUCUAUCCUUUCAUCCCCUUAAGGCUUUUAAUUCUACAUUUUUACCAGUUUUGCUAAUUAUGAAUAAAUGAAUCUAAAUAUAUAUAUAUAUGGUUAUGCAUUAUAGUCCUCAUUUUGGAUCUUUUUUGAUUUUUUUUUUUUUUUUUAAAUUGCAGAGAUUCAUUUUUGUAUUAUUUCCGGUCCAGCCCGUUAGAUUGGAAGGUGUUGCCUGGAGAACAACUGAAGACGUAAAUAAAAAAAAAAAACAUUUUAUUGUCAUAUGGCCUUACAUACACAAAGCUAAUUGUAUUGUGAUUCUGUUUGAACAAGAGAUGAAGCUUUGGGGGUGUAAAUUAUAUAAAAGGAGAAGAAGAAAGAAGAAGAAGAAGAAGGAAAAAAACGAAGAAAAAAAAAAAAAAAGACACUUAAAAGUUUCUAUGACCAGCCUCUUGUUCGAGUUCUAGUAUCCUGAAGGGUUUCGGAAUUAUUUUACUAGCACCUUGUGAAGUGUUUAUGUGUCAGUGAUGUAAUUUAUUAAUGUUUGUAGCUUUUUUAUACUUGUACAAUUCUUAAGAGUUCUUUUUGUUUGGAAUAUUUCAUCAACUUGUGAAAUGACCCUUAGCAAAAUAUUUUUGUUUUUACGUUUUUUUUUUUUUUUGUUUUGUUUUUCGGGACGUUUCUUCCUCUUGGUUUUUGGAUGUAUGUGACGGGGGAGGAGGAGGAGGAGGAGGAGGGGGGAGGGGAGGAGGAGGGGGGGGGGAGGGGGGGGCAUCAUGAACAUGUUACACGCUCGAAUCUACAUAAGCAAACUUUUUUUUUUUUUUUUUUUAACCUCCACUCUGUCUUCAUUCAAUGUCUAUGAUAUCAUGAUAAAAACAGUUCAUUAUGAUUCUUAUUGUUCAUAUUAUAAUUAUAAGCGACUGCGUCCACGCCUCCAUCACACUGAGUUUUUCAUUUUUGGUCAGGACAUUUUCAAACGGCGCUACAUGUGCUCCAUAUAGCAGCAGUGUUUGAGUGUAAACCAUGCGUCCGCCUCUCAGAUACAGUAUGACAUGCGCUCCGAUCAAACUCUGCCGUUAGGACAUACUGUAUUGUUCAGGUUUUUCUUUUUUUUUUUUCCAUUUGUACAACAUGUGUGUUUUCGUUGUCGUGGUUUAUUUUUCUAUGUCUGACUUAUUAAAUGCAUCCACUGUGCCAGGACAGUGAAUGAUACCUGUUGUAGCUGUCUUCCCUCACUGUUAUUUACAGUACUAGUAAGUAUUUACAAUCCUUUUUGACCUGAAACUAUAUUUUUCUGUAUUUAGACGAUUCUGUUUGAGAUCAUGGCUCACUUUUUUAAGACAUAAAGAGGAAAAAUGGCAGACUCCGAGGAGCAAACAUAUUGUUAUUGAAUGAUAUGAUUGUCCGCCUUGUUUACUUUUGCAAUACAGUUACUGUGGAAAACCUUCGUUGUAAUGUGUUCCUCCUCCACUUUGCAAAGUGAAGGCUUCUGUGGUGACGACGACUAAACAUGUUUGUUUUUUCCUGC